AUGUUAUCGAUGCUGGCGGAAGUGCGUUUUCUGUCCUGGGUGUUACUUUUGCUGUCAUUAAUGGAAGACAGUACUUUGCCAUCAUAUGCUGCCCUCCCAAAUAAAAGUGUUGAACUGCCUCCGUACCUCAAAAACACUGUGAAUAUAUGCAUGCAUGGGGAGUGGUUUGAAGAAAAUAAAACAUGCGUGUGCGAUGAAGACUGGAUUACUUCUGUUCAGCAGGACGUACUGAACCCGCGGUACAUUUGGUGCAACGUAUCAGUAAUAAAAGAUAACUCAACCGACACCGAUUCCUCCGGCUACUUGGGUUUCUCGUUAGCUAAGAUCGUUCGCAACCCGCUGUUCGGACUCGUGGGAUUAGCACUUGUCUUUUUCCUCCUUGCUGGUUGUUGUAAUAUGUGUAUCAUGCGUCAGUUCAUGGGAGGGCGGAGGAGUGGGAGUAACGACACCGGGGAUAAUCGGAGACCUGACGAAACAUAUGUUGGUAGCAACAACAACACGCAACAGCAACAACAACAACAACAGCAGCAAGUGCACGAUCAUCUGCAACCAACAGCAAUGGUUCCGUCUCAAUCGUACGCCUUGACGCCCCCACUGACAAUUGGGAGCAUACCGCCAAACUACCCAAUGCAGAGCAGUGGUGCACUUCAGAUGUAUUCCGGCAACAACCUGAACAAUACACAACAAAACUACAGUCCGAGUGAACCAUUUUCCAUGUUUGCUGCGUCUUCUGUUGCUCAACCGCUGCCUCCCGGUUACAUUCCGCAACAACAUAUUCUGAAUUCCAUGCUAUCAUUGCAGCGCUCAAUGUGUGUACCUUCCGGCUCCGCUGCCAUCACGGGUACCGGAACAGGUUAUCAUAGCGCCAUUCAUCCGAUUGAACAGGAAAGGGAAAUGACUGGACCUUCACCAGGGAAGUUUCAAAGUUGA